GCACAGCCCGGGGAGAUGCCGGGUUCUCGCUCCUGCGCCCCCGCACUUUAGCCCAGCCCGCGGAACCGCCGGUCCCAGAGCUCAGAGGACCUGCCGAGGGUCCUCAGCCCGCCGGUUUGGCCCUUACCCCGCCCCCCCUCUCCGGGAGGCCGGCUGGGAAACCACCGCAGCCUUCCCUUCCCCGGGGCUUGGAUGCUCCUUCCAGGGGCCUCCCAGGACUCAACUCUGAAACCUGCCCUUAGGCGCAUUCGGGACAAAACGCCUGUAGUUUGCGGGGUUGGGAGGGCAGUGCUUGGGCUCCCCAGCCCCCAAGUCCUGGCAGAAGGCCGGACUGGGAUGUCUUAGCUCGUUGGUUCAAUCUGAAAGCAUCCUUAAAAAUUCCCCAUGGCCACCAUUUUAGGUGAACAAACUGAGGCCCGAGUGCAAAGUGACGACGUUCACGUGCAGUUAAGACACGGACACCGGGGCCACACGAGUAUUCCACCUUUCCUGAAGCAAUUGGGGUGGUCUCCGUCGUCUCCUCGCGCUCCCAGUUGGCCGACUUUCCUCCCGACUCCUGCACGACCUGCUGUUACAGCGAGCCGGCCGCUCCCGGCCCUUCCUCCAGCAGGACCCAGAAGUCUUCCAGAAGCAGAAGGCAGCUCUACUGUUGUGCAGAGGAGUGGGAUUCCUUCAGCUAUGAAGCAUAUAGUGAACCUCUAUCUCUUAGGCGUGGCGCUGACCCUGCUUUCCAUCUUUGUUAGACUGAUGGAGUCACUGGGAGGCUUACUGGAGAACCCACCGCCUGGGAGCUCCUGGACCACCAGAGGUCAACUAGCCAUCACAGUCCCCAAGAGCCUUCCAGAACAUCCAUCCAGAGGGGUGUGAUAAGACCUCCCUCCACCAGCUAUAACCUUGGAGCACUGGCCUAAACCUGUCCAGCCUGGUGUCCCAGUUCCUGGGCAGGCAAGCUCAGCAUCAGUGUUAGCAGAGAACUGUUACUAGGCCCUGGAAGGGCGCCUCCAUCUGGAUGCUCCUACCCUGGAAAAAGACUGUGUAAUAGGCAGGUGUGAGUGGGUAGCCUAUGGUUGUGGAAUGGAGAGAUUUCACUCUUCUCCCCAGAGUCUGCUGUGUGCUUUGAUGUCCUUGGCAGCGUGGCUCUGACCUCUCUUAGACGAGGACUUGUGCUGUAACUUCAGCUGUUGGGAGAUGAUGGUGUUUUCAGCCCUACUUCCUAAACAUCCGUGAAGAGUUCCUUUGGACUUGGGUGGCUUAUGGUCAGUUUCUUUAGUGUUCAGCUUCUCUUUCGUGUAAGCUCCUCUGUGUGUGGGUAACAGUUAAAGAGGUGUGAGUUGGAUGUAGGGAGGGGAAGAUAAGAUUGUUCAGUGUCCAGUUCUCACUGUUUUAUAUUUUUAAGUCUUCCAACUUAGUGUGCAUGUAUUGGUCUGAAGGGGACAGUGGGAUAAAGCCUGCUCAGGACAUGGGCAUUAUAGCCACCAUGUGGCUUAAGUGAAUUUUUCUAAUGAAAUAAAAUUGAAUACUUAUUUCUA